AUGCUAGGCUACCCUUUGCGCGGUGUUGUCCGUGAUUUGAAUCGUGUCGUUUUCAAUGGCUGGAAAAUAGCUUCAACCAGCAUCUGUGCAAAGCGGUCGAUCGGGGUGCGUUUUUCUGCUUUAUAAGUUUUAUUUAAAUCUAUUUACCAUAAUCAACUAGUACAGAUACAUGAAAGAAACUAAAGUAGAGCUAAAUCGGAGUUCUUUUUUAUUUAGAGCUUCCAAAAUUCAUUUCAUUGGAACAUAUCGUUCUGAUUCUAUUUUCUAUUUUUACUUUGUAAGCUUCCAGAAUGAUAUUAGUAGAGUUAAAACUCUUUUUUCUAAAUAAAUUUAACUUUUUAUAAGCUUCCAAAAUGAUAUUAGUAUGUAGAGUUAAAACUCUUUUUCUAAAUAAAUUUAACUUUUUAGAGCUCUGAUGAAGAUGCCAAAUUUGUUCCUUACAACAAAUUCGAUGUGUUACUGCUGGAUAUGAAAGAAAAAGACUUAUUCGACGUAGGUUUUUUAAGCUAUUUUCAUCUAAUACUCUGUUUUUAGCUUGGAGAUGCAUUUCACAUGAAACACUUGGCUCUUGGAUCGUUUCCAAAUUUUCCGUUUCCAUCGCAUGGCCGAAUUCACGGAGUCCAUCAUCGUCUAAUGAUCCCUCUUGUAUGCCAAUAUCCAGGUAGUGGUUAUGAUAACUUAGGUAUAAUAAUGGAAACUUUCAGAAAGGUUGAAUUCUAAACCUUACAACGUUUGGUUUAUCGUUUAUCCUGGUGCGCCGUAUACGUAUUUGAGCGUGAGAUCAUUGGAAACAAUUGUUGGCACAGGAUUCUCCCAUAAUAUUCACACUUUAUCAAUACAAGUUUGUUUUCUUUAAUUUAAUUUAGUUUAAUGACUAACUUUCAGGAUCCAUCGGUUCACAUUGAAUGCCGCACAUCUCAUGAUCAUUUCUUCGAUUUCAAUCUUUUGGGAAUGGAUGUAAUUCGAGAAUUUCAAUUAAGUAUUGAUAUGGAUUGGAAACUGAAAACAUUCAAGUUGAUUCAGAAGUAAAUUUUCAUCUAUGUUUAGGUACCGCAACGGGUUUCGCAAAACUCAAAAUGUCUAUAAAAUUUUUGUUGGAAUGUGUUCCCCUACUCUAUAUGAGUACGCUCCCAAUUUUUUUUUCCAAAAUUUUCGGUACAUCCCGAGUUACACCCGUUCAAAGUUGCCCUGUUUUCUCCCGGGUCGGCGGCAAAUUUACCGCCCACCGUCAAUCGCGUUGAAAAGCUCGGUGUGCGCGGCCCCUUACAGGGGUGAAGUUAGUGCAUUUUCGCGCUGAAAUUCGAAACAUAUCUGACUGUAACUUUUUUCGGCAACGUGGAAAAUUUUUAUGCUAAACGGAAUGUUGUUGAGAAUUUCACGCAGAAUCCGAUUCCGUAAAAAUUAGCCGUGUGAACGGUACCUGUGACCCUCAAAUCCUCGAAAAACUAAAAUUUCGGCUGAAUAGGCUUUACUCAAUCGAACACAAAAAUGCUCCUAGGGUGUCUAGAGCUCUCAAAAUUUAUAUUUGGGUUCUCAGAGAGUGUAUCUAUAGAUUCCAAAAAUAAAAAAAAAGGGGUCAUCGCUGAAAAUUUUCCGCUAACUUUUCUGGCAGUUUGAGGAUCUGUAAAAAAUUUCGGCAACGUGGAAAUCUAAAUUUUACUUCAAAAACGGAUUCCCCAUCCCUUAAACUAUCGGAAUCACUUGAAAAUAGGCGUGUGAUCCCAUAAACUUGGCCACACAGGCUCUCAGACUGACUUCCAUUUUCGUUUUCGCCGUUUUUUGGAAAAACGGUGCGUUUUCACGGGAAACUGAGUUGUUCAUUGGAUUCAGCAUGGUCGAUUACAUAAAGUAAACCGUUUUGGGUAUGGUACUUCAUUUGGGGACAUCGGUACAGACCGUCAAACACGCGCGCGCGAAAAUCGGGAGAAAAUUCGUCAGGCCACGCCCCCUUUGUUGCGCCCCCUAUUUAUAGGAGUCAAACAAUGGAAAGAUCACUCAGCUCCUGCAAAACUUGAAGAUGAGAAAAGAUUUGGUAAAUUUUAUUUCUUUUUAUUCAUUUUAAACAACUAAAUUUUAGCUCGUGCAACUGAAUGCACUAUAUAAGAAAAAAUAUGGAGAAGAUCUUGCCGAUGUUCUGGUCAGAAAUAACUCAGGUAAAAUUUCAAACUUUUCUUAGCUAUUUUCAAACUUUUCCAGGCGCCACCUAAGAAAUUCUUGGAAAAGUUUGAGAAUUGCUUAGAAAAGUUUAAGAAUUUCUGGAAAAAGUCUGAGAAUUUCUUGAAAAAGUUUAAGAAAGGCUUAGAAAAGUUUUGGCAUUUAAUUCGGAGGGUACAAAAAUUAGGGGGUACAACAGGGUACAAAUGGUUUUGGGGUACAACUUUCAUGGUUUUGGGGUACAAAAAGACGAGGGUACAAAAAUUUACCGAUUCAGUAGGCAUUGAUUAAGGGGUACAACUUCUAUGAUUUAAGGGUACAAAUUUCACGAUUUUGGGGUACAAAAGUUGCACGAAGCACAUUUUCGAAGUUUUCAUUCCAGUUUUGAAUUUUUGAGAGCUCACGAGACACAGUCGUGUGUAGCCAUGCUUUGUUUUAUGCAGCAUUUUGUGUCAUUUCGAGAAACAAACUUUACUUGGGUAAAUUUCACACACAACAUCAGAUGCUGAAAUUCUGCUGUGAAAUUGCAGAAUUUAAAGGGGCCAAAACAGCAAAACAACUUGUAAGUAAUAUUAUAGGGGCUCCGAAUAGAAAGGACGCUCUGUUCGCAAUCUGGCCGAAUUUCUAGUCCGCGAAGUAAUUUUCCACUGAAAACGUGGCCUAACUUUUCAAACUCGGCCCCGAGCUCACUCAAUUUGCACUGCAAAAAAGUUUAUUAAUAGAGCGCCCUUUCUGUUCGGUGCCCCUAUAAUAUAUGUUAUAACAAAGGGGUCGCCGUUUGAACCACUGUCUAUCGGAAGCAAAACGCUUCGAAGGGUCAUGAAAUCUCAUUUAAAAAACAUCUCUGGAACUGAUCAAGCGGUUCGGUGUACAAAACAUUCACGGAGUAAAAAAAUUUUGUGAAACAACUAAAAACAUUCACUGAAUUGAUGCCCAUGAAAAAAAUGGGAAAAAAUUGUUGUACCCCAAAAUCGUGAAAUUUGUACCCUUAAAUCAUAAAAGUUGUACCCCUUAAUCAAUGCCUACUGAAUCGGUAAAUUUUUGUACCUUAGAAUCGAAAAUUUUGUACCCUCGACUUUUUGUACCCCAAAACAAUUUGUACCCUGUUGUACCCCCUAAUUUUUGUACCCUCCGAAUUAAAUGCCAAAAGUUUUUAGUGCCUCAGAAAGUUUGAAAAGGUCUUGGAAAAGUUUUUUGUCUUGAGAAAGUUUGAGAAUGUCUUCAGAAGAGCCAAGAAAAGUUUGAAAUUUUACCUGAGAAGGAUGAAUUCAAAAAAUUUCUUAGUAUUAAGGUUAUUUUUUGAAUAAAUGUUGAUAACUAUUGUAUUGAUAAUAUAAAUAUUGAUCGAAAUCAUCUAUCUAUUUAAUCGAGUCCAAAUUUACAAUUCCAACUUCUCUUGAUAUUAUCUUGUCCGGUAAGGUAUCUCGCAUAAAAAUGCCUCGAAAAUUUCGAAUUUUUAGUUGUUUUACAUGGUUUAAGAGAUCGAUGUUGGUUAGUGCUUUCAGGUCUUUCUCUAGUUUCAUCAUUUAUUUAGCGCAUUAUUUUUAUUCACCGUUCUAGCGUAUUUUUCUCGACCAUCUCGACCACUGGAUUUCGACCAUAUUUUUAAUAACGCACUUUUCGACCAUUUCCCCAUUUUUGAAAAUUGUUGAAAAUGACACAUUUUUGAAGUUAAGACUUGUUUAUGUUAAAAAUAAGCCUUAAAAUGGCUCAAAAUGUGUAAAAAUUGAAGGUGGUCGAAAAGGUGCGCUAGAACGGCAAAAUAUCUAUUAUUUCUGUUAUCAUCCUACUUCUCUUUCUUCAAUUCCUUGUGGUGGCAAAGUCGACAGUUACAGCUUUGUGGUUUAUUACAAAGUUGUAGAGCUCGUCGAGAUCUAUCAUUUUGGAUUUUUCCAAAAUUAUUGAUUCAUUGCUGUUUGAAUGCAACACGACUAUAGAAAACAAAAAACACAAAAACAUUUUUAAAAAAUUUAUACCAACAGUUACAGCUUUGUGAUGUACUACAAAGUUGUAGAGCUCGUCGAGAUCUAUCACUUUUAAUUUUCCCAAAAUUAUUGAGCCAUUAGUGUUCGAAUCGCCGGCGCGUCUGCAAAGUGGAUCGAUAACCGGAAAACACAAAAACAUUUUUAAAAAAUUUAUACCAACAGUUACAGCUUUGCGAUGUACUACAAAGUUGUAGAACUCGGCGAGUUACACCUGAAAACAUUUUUUUCCGAAUUAUUGAUCUAUCAUGAACCGGAUGGCUAGGCCUGAAAUGGUCCAAAACUUCAAUGAAUUUUUUCUCGAAAAAAAAUCGGAUAGUUUUUUUAAUUUUUGAUAUGUUACUCACCAGAUGGUCUACUUUUUUAUGCAUUUUAGUCUCGAAUUACCUGUGCAUCGCUAAGAGCACCUCAAAAACGGCAACGUGGGGCAAGCGUGUUUAGCGUUGAGCUAAAAUUCUGAAAAAAUUUGUGUAGAUACAUCUCGACGGGGUCUACAAAUUUGUAGUUGACGACAAACGCGUAGUUCGUACGUGUGACGUCAUAGAAAAUUUUGAAAGUUAAACAAAUUUUUUUCUUCCAUAUCCUUCGGGAAACAUAGUCUGAAAAAAAUUCACGUACUUCACCAUCAUGCCUAGUAUACGCCCAAAUUUUUUCAGAAUAA